UCAGAAGCAGGGAGACAAGGUUGGGUGGUAGGGCCAUGCUUUCUGUCUCCAUAAUAAGUUAACACAGCCCAAGUCUUUUAGACGCAAGGACUGGAUGGUGACCAUAGCAAAAUUCUGCUGCUAAGAGGUUUGGAGGGAAGGGACAUCUGGAAUGUGAAUACUGAUUUGUUCUUACUCUGGAUAAAAUGUUUUGUGCUGCCCGUGUGGCUCCUGGGUCUGCUGUUGUGAACAAGUUUGCACAGAACUGAUCCUUUGAGGGUGCUGAUAGAACACCAGCUGAGCCUACUACAGGCCAAGACCAAAAUAGCACUCAACAGUGACAGCCAUGAGCCCAGCACCAGGGCCACCUUACCAAAGUCAUGGUUGUACAGACUUUCAGGAUAUCCCUGCAGCCAAGGCCAAGAAUUACAGGCUAGAAAGACCAGAUGCGUCUGCAGAAGCAGGGACCCACUGUAAGCCCUAAAAUGUGACUCCUCACAUGAUCCCACUGUGAUCGCCGUGUGGGUGGAGCUUGCAGCUCUCCAGCCCUGGGCUGUACAGUUCACAGAGAAGCCAAGGGACAUUGCUACUCUGGGACUGUAACCUGUUCAAGAGAGACACCAUCCACUGGUCUCUGCAGCUUUCUUGAUUUGCGUGGAUGAUGGCGGAAGAAGAAAGCAGCCCCUUGCUGUCUCAGGACACCGCUGGCCAAGAGUACCCACUCACCAGGGACAGUCUACCUGCUGCAAAUAUUACAUAUCCAACACUCUGGAAGAAUCAGAAAGGGGCCUGGGGCUGCAGAUGCUGUCCUGGGGCAAAGCACCAGUCCUGGAGGGGAGGCCAGGCCUCCUCCCUCCCCCUUUCCACGGGGAGCAGCUGUGUCAAGUAUCUGAUUUUCCUCUCUAACUUUCUCUUCUCCCUCCCUGCUCUGCUGGCCCUAGCUGCAGGGCUCUGGGGCCUGGCUGUUAAAAGGUCUCAGGGAAGUGGCUGGGGUGAACCCCUGCCGACAGAUCCUAUGCUGGUGCUGAUGCUAGGAGGCCUGGUGGUCAGUGUGGUGAGCCUGUCCGGAUGUCUGGGUGCUUUCUGUGAGAACAGCUGCCUACUGCACUGCUACUAUGGGGCUGUCCUCUCCUGUCUGGCACUGGAAGCCCUGGCAGGGGCUCUAGUGGUGACCCUCUGGGACCCACUGCAGGACAGCCUGAAGCGUACACUUCACCUAGCCAUCAUACACUACUGGAAUGACCCAGACCUGCACUUCCUCCUUGACCAAGUCCAGCUGGGGCUGCAAUGCUGUGGGGCAGAAUCCUACCAGGACUGGCAACAGAACCUGUACUUUAACUGCAGCUCUCCCGGGGUGCAAGCCUGCAGCCUUCCUGCCUCCUGCUGCAUCAACCUCCAGGAAGACGGAGCUGUAGUGAACACUCAGUGUGGUUUGGGGGCAUUGCAUCUGGACCCAAAUGCAGCUGGACAAGUAGUGUACCUGCAGGGCUGCUGGCCCGUGCUGCAAGAAUGGCUGCGAGGGAACGUUGGUGCCAUAGGCGGCUGUGCUGUGGCUGUUAUCAUGAUCCAAGGGACUGAACUCCUGUUGGCUGCCUGCCUGCUACGGGCCCUAGCUGUCCACAAGGCGCAGAGGACAUAGAACCAGGCCCUUUGCAAGCCGCUAGCAGUACCCUCCCCACCGACCGCAGCUCAGAAGACUGCAAUGCAGACCAUGUUCCGAGCUUCUCCCACCUUCCAGGGAAGGUGACAGACCCCUGGGCUUCCACUCCUGGCCCUGGCUUCUUUGCCACAUCUGUUCUAUCAGUCCCCAAGGCUCACCCAGAUGGCCUUUGUGCUGGUCCAAUUUCACAAUUUCAGUCCUGAUUUCUCAGGACCCAGCCAAGCCCAUGGCUGGCUUUUGCAAAGGCCACCGCAGUGGUCUGUGUCUGCACAUACCUGCAUGCCCUGCACCCCACUAGAUGGCAGAAGGAGCCAGGGCUGGGGGCUCCCACUUCCAAUCUGGGUCACCUUCCCUGAUCAGUCUCACGCUGACUGGCUCUUGGACCCCAUUUCAUUACUGCUCGCUUCUCACAGGCCUCCUCUUGCUUUCUGGUCUUUGGUAGGACAUAGGGUAAUACCCAGAGCAUACCCUGUAGAAAACUUGUUUUGGUAGGAGGAAGACUUUGCUUAUCAGUGUGUCUGUUCAUAUUUGUACAGUAAACUACAGAUCUCAUAACUGGUGCUGUCUUUCAAAAAUCAGAAUGGAGACCAUUCCCAGUUUCCCGGCUAGGGCUGACAGCCAGUAGUAGGCAGCCCAACUCUGAUUUUAUCUGUAGAGUUAACAUGGUCAGUCUGUGGCUGUCUUAUAAGUGGAGUCUUUUUCUCUUCUUUUCUGUCUUUUUUUAAAAGAUGCAUUUGUUAUAUAUAAGUACUGUGACACACUAGAAGAGGGUAUCAGAUCUCAUUACAAAUGGUUGUAAGCCACCAUGUGGUUCCUGGGAUUUGAACUCAGGACCUUUGGAAGAGCAGUCAGUACUCUUAACCUCUGAGCCAUCUCUCCAGCCCAUUUUUUUCUCUUUUGACAGAGUCUCAUGUAUUGCAGGCUAGCUUUGACCUCCCUAUGUAGCUCAGGAUGACCUGUCUUCAGCACUCUCCUGCCUCCGGCUCUCCAGUGCUCAGAUUACAAGUGUGUACCACCAGGGCCAGCACUGAAGGCCCUUCUGAAAGCCACUUUCUGGCCAUGCCCAGAGAAUAAGAAACACUUACCCUAAAUGUUGUGGGUGCUUUGGGGUGAAUUCACCCUUACCUCACCCCUGUGUGUGGGGUUCUCAGGUUACUGGGGGUGCACGGCAGCUGUCAGUUGUCAGUCUUAGGAUGGACUGGUGAGGCCAUGAAGCUACUCACUAAAUGCCCAUGUUUAAGUUUCUAGUUUUUGUCCUUUCCCACUCUUCUUGAAGACUAUGCAUCACUGACUAUGGCCACUAGAAGUGAGGGUCACGGGCUGGAGAGAUGGCUCAGUGGUUAAGGGUACUGACUGCUCUUCCAGAGGUCCUGAGUUCAACUCCCAGCAACCACAUGGUGGCUCACAACCAUCUGUAAUGAGAUCUGGUGCCCUCUUCUGGUGUGUCUGAAGACAGCUACAGUGUACUCAUAUAUAAUAAAUGAAUAAAAAAAAAAAAAGAAGUGAGGGUCACAGUCACGCUCAUAUGUCUGGGACCUCAAGACUCACGGAGAAUGGGAUCUGCAGAAUUUUUCUAUUUCUCUUCCUGGCCAGUCUCUCCUACCUCUACCUGCCCUGGUCCUUCCUUCACGGUGCUGAUAAAGCAACCCUCCUGUAGGUACAGCUUUCACCAACGAACCUCAGAUAAGCAAGGACAUAGCUAAUUUUAUUUCGAAAUAGGGACAAGGGACAAGAGUAUGUUGGGAAGGUUGGUAUAAUGGGUGGGGUAGCUUAGUCUCUCUUGCCAC